AUGACGGACGCCCUGUCAGUGGUGAGUCAGCUGCGGGACUUGGCCUCGGAACCACAGAAUCGAGAGGCGAUAGUCCAGGACCAGGGCUGUCUCCCAGGCCUGGUCCUUUUCCUGGACCACAAGAACCCGGAAGUUCUCUUCGCAACUCUGCAGACAUUGCGUUAUUUGGCUGAGUUCUCUCCCAACAUUCCCAACAUGAAGAAUGAACUGGGUAUGAUGGUGAGCCUAGAGAAUCUAAUGGAGAGUAAGGGCAUGUCUGUUGACAUCACAAACUUGGCCCAGGAAGUGUAUGAAAUUCUGAGCGCAAGAGCAAAUCCAAUCCCCCGUACAGCUCAGCAGGAGCGCAGAAAGAAAUCCCAGUUUUUCAUCAACUCCUCCAACAACAAGGCAAAGUCCGUCACACUGCACAUCCAAGGACUGGACAGCACUACCCAGCGAGGUUUGUGUGAGGAAGCUCUUCUGAAAGUCAAGGGGGUGAUCAGCUUCACAUUUCAAAUGGCCUCCAGGAGAUGCACAGUUCGCAUCCGAUCAGACCUGCCCACAGAGAGUCUUGCAUCAGCCAUCGCUGCCACUAAGGUGUUAUCAGCCCAACAGGUUGUGAAGAAUGAGUCGGGAGAAGAGGUUUUAAUUCCCCUGAAUCCAUGUGGAGUGAAGGUGCAGGAAAACUCUGCUCUGCCAGACUACCUUCCAGAGGAGGAGAGCCCAGAGAGGGGGGUAGACAGAGCAAUAUCCCGCACCACAGCUAAGGAAGAUUCCAGCGGGAGCUGGCUCAAUUCUGCAGCUAGUUUCCUCUCAAAAACCUUCUACUGGUAAAGUAGAAGUUUCACUCCCAGUGUCACAGAGCUGUACUUAAAGGCUCCUCAUGGUGUAUGCAAUAGAAUGAACUACAGUAUUGUGAACACAUUCACAGGACUGCAUUGUUGUUUUAUUAACUUCACCAAAUUAGCGAUUUGACAGCCGAAGUAUUUUGAGCAUUUAAGCAUCUAACUCGUUUCUACGAGUUGAGACAAGUGUAAAUAUUUUUAUUGUUUCUUUUUACUUUAUUUCCAACCUGUCAGUUUCACUGUGUGAAAACAAAACACUUCUAGUUUUUCUGUAUGUCCUGCUGUUUAUUUUGAUGGUUGUGCUUGUUUAUGCUCAAAUAAACAUACACGCGUCUGCA